AUGGCUGCGGCACGGCUACAGCGUCUUCAGAGGUCCGUUCAAACAGACCUCGAUGCUCUUCCUGACCGCCCCGUGUCUCCACAACCUGAGCCCAACCCAGAACCCAAACCUGACCAUGCCAGCUUCAACGACUCCACUGGUGGUGUAUCGCUGGAGAACGCACCGCCGAAUGCGCCUGCUAGCAAACAAACCUCAACCAGUAAGAUCGAUACGUCCAUAAAGACACCGCCUGCCGUCGAGAACUCCGAGCGCCGUUACGUCUGGGUCAAAGACGCCGAUAGCUCCUUCAACCCAAAUCUGGACUCAAUGCGCCUAUCCACCGCCUCAGUCCCAGCUCCUCAAACUGAUGCCGCUGGCCUUCCGGCUACCGAUCUACAACGUGGCGACCUAGCCUCACCUCGACAUCACUUCACUCCCAUCCAGGCCCUAUCAAAGUUCCCUUACAAGUAUUGCGAUAAGAGUCAUAUGCAAAACAUUGCAUCUGCCUUCUUCGAUCAAGGAAAGUUUUGGCAGCGAGAGUGGGACCUGUACUACGUUUGGGACAUCGAGGAGACCUCCAAGCCCUUCGUACUCGUUCGUGAGAGUCAAGUUCUAGCCUUGCUUGGUGAGAUCAACAAGCACCUCAAUCUCUCUUUGAGAAUCAGCGACCAGCAGCGCGAGGAGGGCCUACUCGUACAAUUCCCCGAUCAUCCCCGCUGUUUGCCUCGAUACCUUGGACGCUCGCACUCGCGCGAAGACGUCGAUAGCAUGGCCGAGAACGCCCCCAACGAGCACUUCCGCGCGGCAGGCGAAUCUUCACAUCCACCGCUCGAACAACCCACUCUGGAGGACUUCAAGCAACUGAUGGAGAACCUGGCUGAAGCACAGAAGGCGAAGAACAAGGCGAACAAAGCAAAGAAGCAGCAAGAGCGAUUGGGCAAGAACAAAUCAAUGACGGAUCAGUUCAAACGCGCUUCAAGGUAUCUCGGUCUACGCGAUUCUAUCCAGGAUCCGACAUCGUCCACCUUGUCUCCGGCAGUCGACCCAUCCCAGCCAGCUCCAUUCUCUUUCGAUCAGUCUGUCGUCUUCGUCUGUGUUGACGUUGAGUCGUACGAGAGGGCCCAUCACAAGAUUACCGAAGUUGGCGUCGCUACCCUAGAUACCCGUGACCUGGUUGGUGUUCCGCCUGGCGAGGAUGGCACGGCCUGGAGAGAGAAGAUUCGCGCUCGCCACUUUCGCAUCAAGGAACAUCGCCACCUGGUCAAUUCCGAGUUCGUUGCUGGACAUCCCGACAGUUUCAAGUUCGGUCAAUCAACCUUCAUAUCCCUCAAAGAAGCUGCGAGUCAUGUCGCGGCCUGUUUCCACGCCCCUUUCGCAGCUGAAAAUGGCGAUGACUUCCUCAGCCACUUUGAUCCCACGGAGAAGCGUAACAUUGUCUUUCUCGGCCAUGAUACUCUGGGCGACGUUCGCUACCUCCAGCAACUUGGAUACGACCCGAUGAAGGUAGAAAACAUCCUCGAGGCCAUGGACACCGCGACCAUGUAUAAAGUCUGGCGUCGGGAGCAGCAGCCUACCAGUUUAGGCCGGAUCAUGAACGCCUUCAAUGUCCCCGCGUGGUUUCUUCAUAACGCGGGCAACGAUGCUGUAUACACUGUGUGGGCUAUGCUAGCCAUCUGUGUGAAGGAGGCUACACUCCGCGGCUCACCAGAGUUGGACGAUCUCCGAGAGAACGAGAUGAAUGCUAAACUCCAGGCCGCUCUUGAGGAUGCCGAACAGAGGGUGAAGGACGAUGCCGAGGGUUGGAGCGAUCAUGAAGCGACUGGAGACGGUGGCGUACCUGUACCCCUUGCGACUGCUCUCGCACCGAAGCCAGCACAGCCCGCGGUGAAGGCUAUUCCUCAGUAUGACGGUUAUUCGGAUUUCGGUAUGGACACAGGUCGUGGUCGUGGAUAUCAAGCUUCGAGCGGAUACCGCGAUGGUACUAGACAGGGAGCUUCUCGUGGACGGGCAACCAGUCAUUCACAAGGAAAUAGUCGCGGUCGCGGUCGUUCAGGCUCGCCCAAGGGUGCUUCUCGGCCAGAGGCUAUUCCCAAGGUGGACUACCACUGGUAG